AAGCAAAAACAAACAAAAUAUACAAGCUACCAGCAACAACAACGAAAGAAAGAAAAGCUAGAUAGAAAUUUACGCAAAGAGAAUUAAGAGUUACAUAUAAAUGAACACAUACAUACGAGCGCGCGCCUAUUUUUAUCUGAAUUUCAUCAUCGGCGUCAUCAGCAUCAUAGCAGCUAAACAGUUUGCAGUGUCUUCAGCAGCUUCGGCUGCCUAUAUAAUCAGCCAUUAGUUUCUAUAUAGUUUUUGUGUUCGUUUAUUUAUUUAUUUAUUUUUUUUUUUUAAUUUUUUUUUUUUUUUUUUUUUUUUUGGCAUUUCUCCCUAUUGGGGUAAGAGAAAUAUAGGAGGAAACAAAAAAGAAAACAGAGCACAUUGAAUAGAAAAUCUGCUGAUUUUAAGAAGAAUACGUUGUUAUAUUAUAAUUUUAUUAUAAAAUAUAACAAAAGCAAUCUUACGCAUGAAAAACAUUACCAGCUCAGGCACUUGCGGCAACGGUUUGCUGCAAUUGCAAAACAAUUUAGUGGUCAGUCAUCAAUUGGAGAGUGAUGAUGACACUAAACAGAAAGACGGUAUAGUUGGUCCGGGCACUAUAACAUCACCGUGGACGCCCGUAAGCGCUGGUCCGCCGGGUCCAUUAGGACCCGCAGAUACGAAUGGCAGUAUGGUAGAUAGUAAAAACCUUGAUGUGGGCGACAUGAGUGACGAUGAAAAGGAUCUAUCGAAUGCUGAUGCCGAAGGCGUAUGGAGUCCUGAUAUCGAGCAAAGUUUUCAAGAGGCCCUCUCAAUAUAUCCACCAUGUGGACGACGAAAAAUCAUACUCUCCGAUGAGGGUAAAAUGUAUGGUCGCAACGAACUUAUCGCCCGUUAUAUAAAAUUACGUACCGGCAAAACGAGAACUCGCAAACAAGUCAGUUCUCACAUACAGGUCUUGGCUCGGAGAAAAUUACGUGAAAUUCAAGCAAAACUAAAAGUCGAACCUAAUGGGAUCAUAGGUGGUGCAGGGCCAAAUAAUGCUGCAGCUUUGCAUUUACUCAGCGAGAAGGAGAAAGCUUUACAAGCAAUGGCUGGCAUGACCAGUUCACAGAUAGUUUCGGCACAAGCGCAAUUUUGGCAACCGGGUCUACAGCCGAGCAGUUCGCAAGAUUUAUAUGAUUACAGUAUCAAACCGUUCGCCCAACAAGCCUACCCUGCCGGUAAACCAUCCACAGCUGUAUCUGGCGAUAUUGAAGCGGGUCUUCCACCAGCGCAGCUACCAUGGGAAGGACGAGCGAUAGCUACCCAUAAAUUUAGAUUAUUAGAGUUUUCAGCGUUCAUGGAGAUCCGCCGUGAAGACAUUUACCACCGGCAUUUAUUUGUACAAUUGGGCGGCAAACCUUCAUUUUCGGAUCCGUUACUUGAGACUGUUGAUAUACGACAAAUUUUCGAUAAAUUUCCUGAAAAAUCGGGCGGUUUAAAAGAUCUCUAUGAGAAAGGUCCACAAAAUGCUUUCUAUUUGGUUAAGUGCUGGGCUGAUUUAAAUACCGAAAUAAGUGGUAGUGAUACCGGCGACUUUUAUGGUGUAACCAGCCAAUAUGAAAGCAAUGAAAAUGUUGUUUUAGUAUGUUCAACCAAGGUCUGCUCAUUCGGUUCACAAGUGGUGGAGAAAGUGGAAACAGAAUUUUCACGCUUAGAAAAUGGUCGUUUCGUUUAUCGUAUCGAUCGUUCACCCAUGUGUGAAUAUAUGAUCAAUUUUAUACAAAAGCUAAAGAAUCUACCUGAACGUUAUAUGAUGAACAGUGUUUUGGAGAACUUUACAAUAUUACAAGUUAUUCAAGCCCGCGAAACACAAGAAACACUCCUCUGCAUAGCGUACGUAUUUGAGGUGGCUGCACAAAAUAGCGGCGCCACUCAUCAUAUUUAUCGCUUAAUAAAAGAAUAGCAUGAACUCCCCAUGAGCAGCACAUUAACAACACUUAAUGAAUUCAGUAAUACCAAUAACAGCAGUAGUAGCGUCAGCAACAAUAACAUUAACAAUACAGC